AGAGAUAUCUAAAGUAGUAGGACACUUCUCUCAAUCACCUGUUCAGUCGCGAUUUAAAUUUGUGCCGUACCGAAGCUUAAGUUUUAUACUUUGCAAUAUGUCGUUGCGGGCCACGUUCGUAUGCCUAUUUAUUGUUACAUUAAUCAAUCAUUAUCAGUGCACGGAUAACGUAACCGAUGUUACAGAACAAACGCAUACCGAAGAUGCGCUCGCAAAAUUAGUCAGGAUGUUUUCCAAGCCGGGAGCAUUUAAACGGAUCAAUACCUUGCUAGGUGAGAAUUCGAUCGAGGAAUCCUCGACUUCUUGUCCAAAAGGUGAAGAAGGUCUUGAGUGUAGAAGGGCGGAAGCUCGUAGAUCCGUUGAUUGUCCGGAAGGGGAUUGUUACUGUCACAAUUGUGCCGCAGCAGGUCCCGAUUUGUGGGCAUCAUGUUGUCGUGAGAGUCUAAGAUGCUGUUCACAUCUUGCAGCUGCCUGUAGAACGUGCGAUCAUCCCACUCUCUAUCCAUUUUGUUCUAAGCACUUUAAAAAGUGUACGAAUCAGAUGAACCAAAAGAAAUUAACGUAAAGACCGAUCAUAUUUAUCUCUUUUUUCCUCUUUCUCUCUCUUUCUCUUUUUCUCUUUUUUUCUCUCUAUCUAUGUUUUUUAGAUUAUAAUUUUAUAACGAAUCGCAUUUGUCAUCGUCAUCGUAUUUAUAAUGAGAAUAAAUAAAUACUCGAUAUGUACUUUUACAAUUUCGUUAAAUUAUAACGAAUAUUAAGCGAUUAAAUUUAUAAAAGAAAGAUAGUAUAGUAUACUUUGAUCAUCGAGCAUUGCAUAAUCAAGUCUAUUUACAUCAGGUUUCUAAGUAUAUAUAUAUAUAUAUGCAUAUAUACAUAUAUAUAUAUACCAGGUAUCUAAUUUUAAACGAUAUCGUCAAAUAUUUUCGAUCUUAUUGAUUUUAUAAAGAAAUGUUUCAGACAAAAGUUAUCGAGUAGUUUCGAAGAGAAAAUGUAAUAUUUAUUGCAGAAAUCGAUGUUUUAAAACUAACAAAAAUUGUUGAGAAUAUUAAUAAAAUUUCAAAGGAAUAAUUUACCUAUAAUGCAUCUUUCUAUCAAUAUUUCAUCGAGUUAUGACACCUUCAAGUUUAAUAAAUAUAUAACGAUAAGAUUUUUUUAUGACUGUUGAAAAGUAUGAUUAUAACUUGAAAAAUAUAUAAGCAAAAAUAAAUAAAUGAAUAAACAAAUAAAAAAAAAAUUGAUUGCAUUAUUGCAACAGUUGUCAAGUGUUCGUUGGGUUUUUAUUGAUAUUCGCUAUAAUUUUUGUUGGACUUAAAAUAUCGAUUUAAAAAAAUUUUUACGAGUUGCAUAUCUUGACAACACCAUCCCUUAUGAGAUAAAUGCAAUAAAUAUUAUCAAUUCUCUCCUCAAAAUUCAACUAAUUUUAUUUAAAACAUUUCUCUAUAAAACCCAUAGAAUAUAGUAGAUAUUUUACCAUACCGUUUAAAAUGAAACACCCGUUAUAUAUACACGUAACAUAGUUAUAUACGUUCGUAAACCUGGUUAAACAGGUCCUGCCUGCUCAUUUGAGAAAAUUUUCGCUAGAAAAGUAGUCGAAUUAUCGUAAUGGAAGGUGUCUGGAGUAAGGCUAUGUUUUAAAAAUGGCUAUAACUAUAGAGUCGUAAAAUAUAUGUAUAUGUAAAUUUUGAAAAUAAAAUUCUUAAUAAAAUAGAUUUUAUCAUCUUA